GGGAGUUGCGUGUGGUGCGUGCUGUGGAAAAAGUGAGAAGGAACAGUAGGAGCGACGAACAAGCACAAAGAAGUCGUGUCCAGACAAAUUGAAGUGUCCUUUUUGUACGAGCAAACUUUUCCGAGAUGGAUUUUCGUUCCCUCUGGUGCGCCCUGCUCCUUUUGCCCGUGCUCGUAUCAGCGCAAGGCGACAACGGAAUGGUGGUACCCGAACAUGGAUUUUGUCAACCGAUUUCAAUCCCUCUGUGCACGGACAUCGCCUACAAUCAAACUAUAAUGCCUAACCUGGUGGGACAUUACAACCAAGAGGAUGCUGGCUUGGAGGUACACCAGUUCUACCCGCUCGUAAAAGUGCAGUGCUCGCCAGAGUUAAAGUUUUUCCUCUGCUCCAUGUACGCGCCCGUGUGCACCGUUUUGGAGAAGGCGAUCCCCCCGUGCAGGUCCAUCUGUGAGCGUGCCAAGCAAGGUUGCGAAGCUCUUAUGAACAAAUUUGGAUUUCAGUGGCCCGAUCGUUUACGCUGUGAAAACUUUCCAGUGUUGGGAGACGGGCAAAUCUGCGUCGGUCAGAACGACUCCUCUCCUGCCACCGUACCGCCCGUGAUCGCUCCCAUACCCCCGGACCACACCAUAUUUGCCCCUCACGACUUGCCCUUCUCUUGCCCCAAUAGCCUCAAAGUUCCACCGUAUCUGAAUUACAAGUUUAUGGAUGCCAAAGACUGCGGGGCACCCUGUGAACCAACUAAAGGUGGUGGCCAUAUGUUUUUCAGUGAGAAGGAGAUCCAGUUUUCUCGUCUGUGGAUUUUAGUAUGGUCUGCCCUUUGCUGUGCAUCAACGUUAUUCACCGUCUUCACCUAUUUGGUCGACAUGCAGCGCUUUAGGUAUCCCGAAAGACCCAUAAUUUUCCUAUCUGGUUGCUACACAAUGGUAUCUAUAGCUUACAUCGCCGGAUACUUCCUUGGAGAUAGUGUGGUUUGCAAUGGCAUGUUCUUUCCGGAUAGCUAUAAAACUCUCGUCCAAGGCACCAAAAAGGAAGGCUGUACCAUUUUGUUCAUGAUGUUGUACUUUUUCAGCAUGGCCAGCUCGAUUUGGUGGGUCAUUUUGUCGCUAACCUGGUUCCUAGCCGCUGGCAUGAAAUGGGGUCACGAAGCCAUUGAAGCAAACUCUCAGUAUUUUCACCUGGCAGCUUGGGCAGUACCCGCCAUCAAGACAAUCAGCAUAUUGGCGAUGGGGCAAAUCGAAGGAGAUCUUCUCAGCGGUGUUUGCUAUGUCAGCUCUAGCAACCUCGACCCACUACGAGGUUUUGUUUUGGCCCCACUUUUCAUAUACCUCUUCAUCGGGACCUCCUUCCUCCUGGCUGGAUUUGUAUCUCUUUUCCGAAUCCGCACGAUUAUGAAACACGACGGCACCAAGACGGAAAAGCUGGAGAGGCUAAUGGUUCGGAUUGGCGUUUUCAGCGUCCUCUACACGGUUCCUGCGACAAUCGUUAUCGCUUGCUUCUUCUACGAGCAAGCUUUCCGGCCACACUGGGAGAGAACGUGGCUGAGUCAAAACUGUAGAUCUUUGGCGAUCCUUUGUCCCAUGCAUAGCGGACCACGAAUGACCCCAGAUUUCACCGUUUACAUGAUCAAAUAUCUGAUGACUCUCAUUGUGGGAAUUACAUCCGGGUUCUGGAUUUGGUCUGGGAAAACUUUGCACUCCUGGCAUAAGUUUUAUUCAAAACUGACAAAUGGGAAAAACGGAGAAACCACAGUGUGAAAAUGACAUUUUUUUAAAUGACUUUUGUGGCCUGUAAGCUGCGUUUGACAGGACAAUAUAGCAUGAAAUGGGCCGAAGAGUGGGAGAGACAUUCAGCAAAUUGUUAAGAGCUGGAGGUUUAACCCACAACUCUUGAGAAUAAUCCCUGUGGUCUUUGGACACUGUUUUCAGUGACUUUUUAUCAUGUCAGUUGUGGAUUUAACAUGGGGAGGCUGAACAGGGCUGCACAAUAUUUAGAACAAAUGCAAUGACUGUAACUUUUCACAUGGUGCCAUUUUUAUAUCAUUUAGUCUACAAUUACACCAUUCAUAGAUUCAAAUUUGCAACUCAAGACUAAACCCAAACAAAAUCAAGACACAAUGAGUCUCUAAAAUGUAAAAAUACAAAACAAUAUACUCCAAGUUUUUCUUACACAUUCAAACAUGGAUGGGCGGGAGACCGUGUCUUGCCCAAGAACGCAACAACAGUGAUUUGGAAUUAGUCCCACAACAAUACAAUUAAGGUUAUUGUAUAAGGGAUCAUAACGGAUGGUCUGAUAUAAAAUUUUGAAGAUGAUAUCCGAUAUUGGCCUUGCUGUUGUAGCCUAUAAUCGAUAAUUGCCAAUACCGAUAUUAAGCUUUUAAAAUCAAUAGUGCCGACCAAAUUUAUGUUAAAGGUGCUCUGUGUAUGUCUAUGUUCCACAGUAUGGCAUUAAUAUUAUCUACCUACCAUACCUACCUACCAUAAAUAAAAGUAUGUGACAUCACCAGGCCAAGUUACAAGUCAGAUCUGUGGAGAAACAAAGUUCAAAUGUAUGCUUAGUAUUUCUGAGCAUGCAAGAUAGAUGACUUUAAUGCCUUACAGUGGAACAUUUUGGGUAAAGCAAAAACAUCUACAUGAGACAAGCAGGUGAUAGACCCUCCAUCAGAAAAGUUACACAAUGCACCUUUAAGUUAUAGUUUUAGUUAAGUUUACAUAUUAACUUAUCACUUUUGUAAAAACAAUAAUAAAAUGUGUUCAUGUCCAUAUUUUUACUCAUUUCGUUGCUUAAAAAGACAAAUCAGACGCACUAAAAACAAACUGGAAAUGACCCCUGAAGCUGUGCCAUUGCAGGAAAUAUCAGUGUCAAAUAUCGGCUUCAUUUUCAUUAUCGGACCAUUACCGAUAUCUGGGGGAAUCCUUUUGAUUACCGACAAUAACUGAUAUACCAUCCCUAUAGAUCAUAUCAUGCUUUGGCAAUAUUGUGCAGCCUCCUUCCAUUUAUCUAAAGACGUUCACCAAAGAGACAGAGACCCUAUGAUACCAAAGUAAAGCUGCCAAACAAAGACUGAAUUCAAGUUUUGUUUUUUUAUUCCCCAUGUAACUAAAAUGAACUUGUAAAUACUUUUUGUACAAAUGUGAAAUUCUAUAUUUUGUAUUUAAGAAGCAAUACUAUCUUUCGCACUGUAAAAUAAUGUACACUCAUGUUUGUCUUUGGUUAAACUCAAUACAGAACUUUAACCCA